UUACAUUAAUUUUUGGAUAUUUCUGCAUCAAAUGGCGCCGCCGCUCAUCUUCUUCUUUCCUCCCAAAAUCUAUACUUCAAUUUUGCAAAAAUCAGCCUCCAUCCCAGCGGAGGGAACAGUGCCUGAUUCCUAAAUCUCCAUCAUCGCCUUGUCGCUGCUGCUCCGAUCGCAGUCUUCAGCUCAGGGUCUUUCUCAUUCCAUGCAUUUCAGACAUCUCCACACCACCAUCUUGCGUUCGUCGCGAAACGGAACAGGAGCUAAUGGGCGUUAUCAAAAUACCAGCCACCUCCUCGAACCACCCGCCAAUAAGCUGCCGGCGAGGCCUAGAAGCAACAAUUUCACUGACGCUGACAUGGUGAAAUGCACAUUAGCUAUCAGAAACCACAUGCGUAAUAGCCAAUGUGAUGCUGCGUUGCGUUUAUUCAACUCCAUGCCUCGUAAAAAUGAGUUCGCCUACAACGCUAUGAUAUCCGGCUACUUUUCAAAUGGCGAAUUUAAGCUGGCUCAGCAGAUGUUUGAUAAAAUGCCUACGAAGGAUUUGGUCACUCGAAAUAUAAUGAUCAAAGGUAAUAUUAAGAACAACAAUCUCGGGGCUGCACGGCGGCUGUUCGAUGAUAUGCCUGUGAAGGAUGUUGUCUCGUGGACCACAAUUUUGUCUGGGUAUAUGCAGAAUGGGUUAAUGGACGAGGCAAAAAAAGUUUUUGAUGAAAUGCCUGAGAAAAAUAUUGUCUCGUGGAACGCAAUUUUGUCUGGGUACCUACAAAAUGGGUUACUGGACGAGGCCAAGAGAGUUUUUGAUGAAAUGCCUGCGAAAAAUGUUGUCUCGUGGACCGCAAUAUUGUCUGGGUACAUACAGAAUGGGUUAAUGGACGAGGCGAAGAGAGUUUUUGAUAAAAUGCCUGUGAAAAAUAUUGUCUCGUGGAAUGUAAUUUUGUUCGGGUACUUGCAAAAUGGUUUAUUGGACGAGGCCAAAAGAGUUUUUGAUGAAAUGCCUGUGAAAAAUGUUGUCUCGUGGACCACAAUUUUGUCUGGGUACAUACAAAAUGGGUUAAUGGACAAGGCCAAGAGAGUUUUUGAUGAAAUGCCGGUGAAGAAUGUUUUCUCGUGGACCGCAAUUUUGUCUGGAUACUUGCAAAAUGGGUUAUUGGACUUGGCCAACAGAAUUUUUGAUGAAAUGCCUGUGAAGAAUAUUUUCUCGUGGAAUGUAAUUUUGUGUGGAUACAUGCAAAACGGAUUAAUGAAUGAGGCCAGGAGAAUUUUUGAUGAAAUGCCAAAUAGAGAUUCAGUCUCUUGGGCGACAAUGAUAGGCGGGUAUGGUCAGAAUGGUGACAACAAGGAGGCAUUGCGGUUUUUUAUUGAGGCGACAAGGGAUUGGGAAAGGUUAAACACAUGUGCUUUUGCUUUUGUUUUAAGUACAUGUGCAGACAUUGCUGCUUUUGAGCUUGGGAAGCAAAUACAUGGGCUUGUUGUUAAAGGAGGAAUUGAGUUUAAAUGCAACGUGGGAAAUGCUCUGGUUUCAAUGUAUUGUAGCUGUGGAAACAUCAAGGAGGCAUAUGAUGUUUUUAAGAGAAUUGAUGAUAAAGACGUGAUAUCGUGGAAUACAAUUAUUAAUGGUUAUGCGAGACAUGGCUAUGGGCAAGAAGCUCUCCAACAUUUCGAUUCAAUGAAACAAACGUCUAUCCAACCUGACGAAAUUACAAUGGUUGGUGUUCUAACUGCUUGUAGUCACACGGGUUUGGUAGACAAGGGAACACAUUACUUCUAUUCUAUGAGCCAAGAUCACGGCAUAGAGCCAGAUAUAAAGCAUUAUAACUGCUUUAUUGAUCUUCUUGGUCGAGCUGGGCGCCUCGACGAAGCUCAAAACCUAGUAAAGAGCAUGCCUUUUGAGCCAAAUGGAGUAACAUGGACAUGCCUACUUAGUGCUAGCAGGAUUCAUGAAAGUACAGAGUUGGGAGAAAUGGCUGCCAAAAUGUUGUUAUCUUUGGAACCAUGGAACACUUCGUUGUAUGUUCUUCUUUCCAACUUAUAUGCAGCUUCAGGCCGAUGGGAAGAUGUUAAGAAGAUGCAAUUAAAAAUGUGGGGUAUGGGUAUUAGCAAAACAACUGGAUCUAGUUGGGUUUAAGUGCUAAACAAGGUUCACACAUUUUGUGUUGGAGACUUUACUCAUCUCGAUAGCAAAAGCAUAUGCGCCUUCUUGGAAGAGUUGGAUUUGAGGAUGAUUUCCAUAUCUGCGCAUUCUUGGAAGAGUUUGAUUUGAGGAUGAAAGAGGACGGAUAUGUCUCCGCAACAAAAAUUUGCGCUACAUGAUGUGGAGGAAGAAGAAUAGCUGCAUACGCUCAAGUAUCAUUGUGAAAGGUUAGUUGUUGCAUAUGGGAUUAUGAAGAUACCAAGUGGGAGACCUGUUUGUGUUUUCAAGAACUUGCGCGGCGAUCUAACACUGACGAAGAUCGCUGGGAGGUUGAUCAUCUUACGAGAUGUUGGUCGUUUUCACCACUUCGAGGGAGGUGUAUAUAAUUGUGGAAGCUAUUGGUGAAUUCUCAUAUGUUUUGUUCCACCAGUUUGAUUGCUGAUUGUAUUCUGUAUUGGCAUGACAUGGAGUCUCUUUUAUUUUGAAGAUAUUAAUUUAUUCCUAGUUUUACUUAUUCUUUUCUAGAAUGUUGUAAUAAUAUUGAAAUAUUACAAUGCUAUGCUUUCUUGAUGAUUUUUCUGGAAAUAAAGUUGUUGAAGGUAUGAGAGUAA